UUUCAACGACACUCUGUUACACAAAUAUACACAUAGAGAGAGACAAAGGAGAGAGAGAGAGAGUGUCUUUAGAUCUGCUUGUUCCAUACCCUGCUCUUUAAAUUCAGUCACGAGUAAUCAAUGUAAGGCCUCUGCAAAAUUUUUGAUGUUUCACUGAGUUGGGCUCGCAUUGAUCGACUGUGUCAACUCAGUAUCGAGUUUAAUCUCUAUUUGUAGUUUUUGGUGCUGUACUGGUUUAAUCUCAAACUGGGCUCUCGCAAUUCAACAACAUUGGUGAUCCGUCGCAUGAAAUGGUGAUUUUCUGGCCGUGUUCGCCGGAGCUCUGAUGAGGUACGGAUUUUUCCGGCCGAGCUCCGGCGAGCCUUGAAUUCCACAAAGAAGACGUGGGGUUGAGGCCGAGAGCGAAGAUGUUCAAGUCGGCGCGAUGGAGGAGCGAGAAGAACAAGAUCCACGCAGUGUUCAAAUUGCAGUUUCAUGCAACUCAGGUGCCAAAAUUAGGAGGGGAUGCAUUGAUGAUAUCUGUGGUUCCGGCGGAUGUUGGAAAACCGACGGUGAGAUUAGAGAAAGCAGCAGUCCGAGAUGGAAGUUGCUAUUGGGAGAAUCCUGUCUAUGAAACAGUCAAGUUCAUUCGGGAGCUGAAAACAGGGAAGAUUCAUGAGAGAAUCUACCACUUUAUGGUGUCAAAUGGCUCAUCAAAAUCUGGCCUUUUCGGAGAGGUCUCUAUUGAUUUAGCAAAUUAUGCUUUGGCCACUAAGCUUUCCUCUGUGUCUCUUCCCCUCAAAAAUGCAAAAUCUGAGGGUGUUUUGCAUGUUUCUAUCCAAAGGAUGCCAGAGAAUGCUGAUCAAAGAGAGCUUGAAGAAAGUGAAAAUGCAAAAAACAGUUCCCAGGACAAAAGCUUGAAGACAGAAUUAAGCAAUGGUCAUACAAAUGGAAGUGUCCAAAGCAAUUUAAUUGAAGAUGGGCCCUUUAAUAAGACCAUUUCUUACAAUGGCGACGUGAAUGGGAACCGCCGGGCAUCUAAUGGAUCUGAUGUUACAAUUUCAAGUUCUGAGAGCAGUUCCGGACUUGAUACUCCUAGAGAACUUGGGCUGAAGAAUAAUAACAGUGACCAAGACCAUACCAGCUUCCUAUCAUCUCUAGAUCAUCUCUCAGUGCCUCAGAAACCGACCUCUGAUGCUUCAACAACAGUCUAUGAGGAGCAUCAGGGAUCACAAUGGGAGUGGUUAGGAGGUUCUGCCCCUGAAGUAAGUACAGAUGAUUCAUCAAGCAGUCCCAGAGACACCCUUUUAAUAGAAGGAUCACAAGAGACUUCAGAUAUCAUGGUUGAAAAGCUCAAAACUGAAAUUUCUAGUUUGGCUAGGCUGGCAGAAGUGUCCGAAUUGGAACUACAGACUCUGCGGAAGCAGAUUGUGAAGGAGGGCAAAAGGGGGCAGGAUCUUUUAAGAGAGGUUGGUAGCCUCAAAGAUGAGAGAGAUGCACUCAAGGAAGAAUGUGAAAAACUCAAGGCAUUCCGGAAACGUACUGAUGUGGCGAAAGUUGAAAACAGGUUGAAGUUUGAGGGAGGGGAUACAAGGGCUCUUUUUGAAGAACUCAGGGAAGAACUAAAUUAUGAGAAGGACCUUAAUGCCAAUCUUCGGUUACAACUUCAGAAGACACAAGAAUCAAACUCCGAGUUGAUUCUUGCUGUGCGUGACCUAGAUGAAAUGUUGGAGCAGAAGAAUAUGGAAAUAUCGGGAUCAGCUACCAGUGAGAAUAUCAAGGAGUUAUGGGAAACCAACUCCAAAUCUGAAACAGAAUACGAUGAAGAUCAGAAGGCACUAGAAGAGCUUGUUAAGGAUCAUAGCAAUGCCAAGGAAGCACACUUACUGGAGCAAAAGAUCAUGGACCUUUAUGGUGAAUUGGAGAUCUACAAGGGAGAUAAAGAUGAGCUAGAAAUGCAGAUGCAGCAGCUUGCUCUUGACUAUGAGAUCUUGACGCAGGAAAACCAUGACCUCUCAUAUAAACUACAGCAAAGUCAGCUGCAAGAACAACUGAAGAUGCAGUAUGAAUGUUCGCCUCCUUAUGCUUCCAUAAAUGAACUUGAAACCCAGGUUGAAAACUUGGAAAAUGAACUCAAGAAGCAGUCAAAAGAAUUUUCCGAUUCUUUGGCUUCCAUAAAUGAACUUAAAACCCAUGUUAAGGGUUUGGAGGAAGAACUGGAGAAGCAAGCACUAGGAUUCGAAGCUGAUCUGGAAGCUCUUACACGUGCCAAAAUUGAGCAGGAGCAGAGAGCCAUACAAGCAGAGGAAACCUUGAGAAAGACACGACGGCAAAAUGCUAAUACAGCAGAGAGGCUUCAGGAGGAAUUUAGAAGGCUUUCUGUGCAAAUGACAUCUACUUUUGAAGCGAAUGAGAAGCUGGCUACAAAAUCAAUGACAGAAGCCCAUGAACUCCAACUGCAGAAAUUUCAUCUAGAAGAAAUGCUUCAAAAAGCAAAGGACGAGCUUCAGUUUGCGAAGGACCAUUAUGAAGCAAAUUUGCACGAGCAUUCCAGCCAAAUAAACUCCAUGACCAAUCAAAUAGAACAGAUGCAGUCAGAAAUUGAAGACAAGUCUACGAGGCUUGAAUAUCAAAAGAAGCAUGAGGAAGAAACUCGUGGGGUUCUCUCACAAGAAAUUCUAAUGCUCAGAGCGAAGAUUCAAAUGCUCACAACAGAGAAUAAUAACCUUUCUGAAGAGCCAGAACGGAGAGAAACCUUGGAAGCUGAAUUGAAACAAAUGAAAAAAUCUAUGAAGGAAGCUGAAAUGCUGGUUCAAAGGGGGAAUCUGGAAAGGAAUGAGAUGGAAAGCGUUAUCACUUUGUUGAGGGAGGAAGCAGAGAAAACACUGGAGGAGUUGAACAUUUUGAGGAGUCUAAAGGAUGAAAAGGAAACGAUAGUUGGAAAUCUGCAAUUGGAGCUGGAAACUCUUAAAUCUCAGUGUAAUGACUUAAAACAUUCUCUGCUUGAGGAUGAAUUAGAGAAAGAGAAACUGAGGAAGCAGGUAUUUCAUUUAAAAGGUGACCUAAAGAAGAAAGAGGACGCAUUCAGCAGUAUAGAGAAGAAGCUCAACAGUAGCAACAGUCGAGCAACAGUUUCUGAUGGAGCGAAAGCAACUAUGAGAAACAAUAAAGCUGCUCCUGUUCCUCGUGGUUCUAAAGAGGUUGCAAGUAUGAAAGACAAAAUAAAAUUGCUCGAGGCUCAGAUAAUGCUGAAGGAAACUGCUCUUGAAACCUCGACAAAUUCAUUUCUGGAGAAGGAGAAAGAUCUUCAGAAUAAAAUUGAAGAGUUAGAAAGAAGAUUGGAAGAACUCAAUCACAAUAGUAUGAGUUCCCAUGAAUUUGAAUUUCCAAAGGUAACUUGCAAUAUGGAAGACGUUACUCUGAAUGGCAAUGUGCAAAAAGAAGUGAUAAAUACAGUAGAAAAAUUGAGCUCUACAGGGUGCAUGUCCAAUAAAAAUGCAUCUACAAUGUCAUUGAUGAAGAGUGAUGACAAAGAACUGGAAGCACCUGCCAUAAAUACCAAUGAAUUAUUAAAAGAAAUGUCACUACUGAAGGAGAGGAACGAAUCAAUGGAAGGCGAACUAAAGGAUAUGCAAGAGAGAUACUCAGAAAUAAGUCUCAAGUUUGCAGAGGUAGAGGGUGAGAGACAACAGCUUGUAAUGACGGUACGCAACCUUAAGAAUUCAAAAAAGAACUAAUUAAAAUUUUCGCUAGAAACUGGAUACUGCAUAAGUUAUAACAGCUGGGUGCAAGUGCGAAGAAUCCAGAUGCCACAGUUCCAUGAGUGUCUUAUCUAGAGAAAAAAUAAUAAUAAUAAUAAUGUGUAUAUCAGUAAUAUAUUUAUCUAUUUUGUUUUUCACAGAUUUCACAUAUUACAAAGUAGUUUUCUCGUAUAGGUCAAUAUUCCUUGGUGUUGGAUCAUGUUGUUUUUAUAAUUUCAUUGUAGAUUGGUUUUUGUCAAUACAAUUCAACUUGGCCA